AUGAAGUUCAAAUUGUGCCCUCAUGCAGCGUGCAUACGCUGUUUGAAGGGUAUUUUCAAGGCAAAGUUUGAGGGUAAGUUGCACGGCGAGUACCCGCCAGUCUAUAUCGAUUGCCAUCUAUGCAGAGCAAAGGUCGAGCAUUUCGGCAUUUUAAACAAGGAUCCCCGUGAUAACCAAGAAGCUAUAGUUCUUGGGGGAACGGCGUUCGGCAUUUCUGAGUGGAUCCCUCUUUUGAAGUGGAUGUUAGAUGUCGAUGAGACUGUUCUAACGUCCUUCAAAAUCACUUAUCUGAAAAGGAAGUACCGGAUUAGCGUGCGCCGUCUGGCAGGCCGCUGGGAAGUAACAGAUCAGGGUAUAAUUACUGCCCUCUCAGCCGAAGAGAUACGUGAGCUAAUUAGGCUGCGUAAGAUGAAGACAUAA